GCGACUGUGCUGCGGAUCUGUGACUUCUCCUUGCACAAGAGUGGUGCCCCGCAGUGCCAGAUUGCUGUGGUUUGAUCUGAACGGGAGCCAGGCCGCGCGCGGCUGUGGAUUUUCAGUGAUCAGAGAGGUGGCAGGCAUGGAUCGCGGCAAGCAUUAUCAGUAUGGCGAGGGGAGUGAGAGGCAGAAGAGGCUCCUGAGCAGGCGACAUGUUUUUAUUUGCUUUCUCUCCUCCCUCACUUUUCCCAUGAGCGCAUCGAAUUGCGAUUCUCCUUCCAAAUGCUCUUCCUUGAAACCUGAGUUUGCAGAGGCUGAAAAUGCAGUUAGAGCUGCGGCUGCCAAGCCCAACCUGAUAGAAGAGUUCCCUUCAUUUCGUACCUACAAUAGAAAUGGUUUAAUCUUAAUGUUGGAAGCUGGGACCGGCUCAGCUCAGUCUGCUUCUACGAAAGAACGUAUGCACGCGCUUUUAAUGAUGAACAUGCAAGUGUUAUUUGGUCCCCAUGAAUGGCCUGCUGAAGAGAAAACGAAGCAGGAGGAAAUGGUAUCCCAUGAGGCACGCUUCAUUUUCGUUGAGCAAAACUCUACCUCUGAAGCGAGCAGUUUGGAUGAAGGUGACUCAAUGGUGGGCUUUGUUCAUUUCAAAUUCGGUUUGGAACACGAUGUUCCAGUCCUAUAUGUAUAUGAAAUGCAGCUGAAGAGGACAGUGCAAGGGGUAGGACUCGGCAAGUUUCUGAUGCAGUUGCUUGAGUUGGUUGCUCGAAAGAAUAACAUGAAAGCAAUACUUGUAGCUGUGCACAAAAGAAACAGCAGGGCGUUGGCGUUUUACAAUGGAAGUUUAGGGUAUAAAGUUGCAACUAGAUCAUCAUCAACGCAGAAAAACACACAAACUUCUACAGAGAUGAAUUACGAGAUUCUUUGCAAAACCUUUGAUUUGGAGGAUACCGCCGUUGUAGAGCGUCAAGGAGACCAGAAUUGCGAGUCACGCGAGGAGAGCGGUGGAGAAGCAACCUGCCAGCCAGUGGAUGCAGAGGAUCAAGUUUUGGAGGACUCAUGUCCGGAUAUGGAAUGUGAGUCAUCUAUUGAAAAUGUGCCAAACCUUUUACAAGGAAUGAGGUACACACAGUACUAUGUGAGGGACGAUAAGUUUGAAGUAUAUGAUAAGUACGUCAUGAUUGGUCCUAUUGGCCAUGGAGCAUAUGGCGAUGUGUGUGCUUUCACAAACAAGGAGACUGGGGAGAAGGUAGCCAUAAAGAAGAUUGGUAAUGCCUUUCAGAACCACACAACAGCGAGGCGCACUCUUAGAGAGAUUUUGUUGCUCCGGCACACUGAGCAUGACAACAUCAUUCCUAUCAGAGAUAUUAUUGUGCCUGCAAACAUUGAAGAUUUUGAGGAUGCUUAUAUUGCAAAUGAGCUCAUGGAUACAGACCUUCAUCAGAUAGUGAGAUCAACUAAGCUCGACGAAUACCACUGCCAGUUCCUGCUUUAUCAGCUUCUGAGGGGCCUCAAGUACAUUCAUUCAGCUAAUAUAUUACACCGCGAUCUGAAGCCUAGUAAUCUUCUCAUCAACUGCAACGAUUGUCUACUCAAGAUCUGUGAUUUUGGCUUGGCUCGAACCUCUGCAGAGGAUGAUUUUCUUACGGAGUACGUUGUUACUCGACCUUAUCGAGCUCCGGAGCUUUUGCUUGGGAGCCGAAUGUACACAGCUGCUGUUGAUAUGUGGUCAGUGGGCUGUAUCUUUAUGGAGAUGCUCACAGGUCAACCUUUGUUCCCAAUCCGGUCAAGACAAGAGCAUCCCGUGAAUCACUUGAAACUUAUCACCGAGCUACUAGGGACUCCUGAUGCUUCGGACUUGUCGUUCCUGCAGAAUCCGGAUGCUCGGCAAAGGAUACAAAUGGCCUUGAUAGGUCAGGAAAGAAAGCCCUUGUUUUCGAGGUUCCCACAAACUUCUGCUGCAGCUUGCGACUUAGCCGAGAAGAUGCUGAGAUUCAACCCCUCCAACAGGAUAACUGCGGAAGAUGCUUUGGCUCAUCCUUAUCUGUCAGCACUUCACGACGUCAGUGAUGAGCCAACCUGUCAUCUUCUGUUCGACUUCGACGCCUACCUGCCCAAUCUCUCUGUCGAUCAUGUUAAAACUCUCAUUUGGCGAGAGGCUACUCUUAUAAACGCUCAGUAACCGCCAUGAAAAGUUUUCUGCCCAGCUGCCGCUAAUUUCCAUUAGAAAGUUAUGGGUUACAGGACUUGCAUGCAGUUAAUAUCUGGAUGAUUGUAAGGAGAGAACCCUCUGCACACAGGAGAGACGUACAUUGUUUCUGGUUUGUAAGUCUAAUUAGGUAUCAAAUGCUCAAGGGGUAUUAUAGCAUGUCUAUCCUUCCAGCCUUUUUGGUGUAGCAUAGUUAGCAUACUUGAAUUUAGACAGCAGUGUACAUACGUAUCCAGAGCUCAUAUAUGCAUGGUCCAUACGUGCUUGUAAUGGACUACCAUUACAUCGGCAACCCAAAUUGGUCUUGUUCAGCUUGAACAACUGUUCAACUUGUUUACCGACGUGGUCAUUAAUUGUAGCCCCCUCAUGGUCUAACCUUCAGCCUGGGGCGUUCACUUUCAUUA